GGCAAGACGAGGCACGUUCGCGCUUCUCCACUGUGGUUAGGGAGCUGGACCCUGUGUGACGGGUGACCCCAACCAAACAGUCGUGAGUCCGUGUGAAUUGCGCGUCCCCAAGAAGCGGAACCUCGCAGCGUUGUGCAAGACUGCCUGCUGCCGUGCUCUCACUCACUACUUUCCCGCCUCCCACUCUGCGAUAUACAAACACUCACCUCUGCUGCGGUUGUCGUCAACACUACAAAACGCCUCCACUACAGCCCUGUCGUCCGAUCUUCGCUUGAUGGCGCCCGCGGACCUGAGUUAACUAGGCCCCUUUCGACCCCCUAGGACCCUUCCGAUGCCCAAAUCCUCCCGCCGGCCCAUACAUGAGUAUGAGCUGGUCCCGCGCGAAUCUCUCGACGUUGAUGGUGAAGAAGCUGUCAUUCAAGAUGAAGAGGCUUCAAAUACACGACGCUCCUGGCUCAACCGUCUGAGCAGUCGCUUCAAUGCAGUCAACAAGCUCUCGGAUCGCGCCGUAUACGCCCACUACGUCACCCCGCGUCGACGAAAGCGCUCCAUUCUGCGGCUCAUAUACUGGACGUUAUUCUCCGUACCGUACCUCUUGAUCGUCCUAGUGCUAGUUGCCGGCAUCUUCUUCCCGAGUUACACAGUCAGGCCUCCGCACUACGACGAGCUACGCAAGCGAGCGACCGAGACUGGGCGCGCGAACCCUUACAAGGAGAAGGUCUUCAUAGCCGCCUCGCUCGCCGAGAAGAAGGGCGACUUGACAUCUGGCGCGUGGGGUAGAGAGGUGCUGCAGCUGGUGGAAUUGUUGGGACCCGAGAAUGUCCAUCUGAGCAUAUAUGAAGACAAUCCAGAUUUGGUGACGAAGCAGUCGUUGAAUUUGUUCCGCGACCAGGUCAAAUGCAACUCCACCAUCGUAUCCGAAGAUCUUGACCUCGCUUCCCUCCCCCACAUUACGUUACCCAACGGCGAGAAACGCCUCAAGCGCAUCGCCUUCCUUGCCGAGGUGCGCAAUCGAGCGCUUGCCCCAAUCGACCAGCAUGGGGUCAGGUUUGACAAGGUCCUGUACCUGAACGAUGUCAACUUCGACCCUGUUGAAGCUGCGCAGCUCCUCUUCGCGACCAACAUCGACUCGACCGGACGGGCAGAUUACGCUGCCGCAUGCGCUGUCGACCACAUCAUGCCCUUCAAGUUCUACGACCGUUUUGCGACACGCGAUUUCGACGGCAUGAUUACCGGGCUGCCCUUCUUCCCGUGGUUCACCAGCGCAGGAACAGGGACCAGCAGGAGUGAUGUGCUCGCAGGGAAAGAUGCGGUACGGGUACGGAGUUGCUGGGGCGGCAUGGUGGCUUUUGAGGCCAAAUGGUUCCAGUCAGAGACCGGAGUCCAGCCCGAACCGGCCAAUCCACAAAACGGGACGCCUAACCACAGCAUCUUCCCGCUUCGCUUCCGUCACGACAACGAGACCUUCUGGGAGGCUUCGGAGUGUUGUCUGAUCAACGCGGAUUUGCAGUACCGAAUGUCAGGGAGGGGCCGACCCGCAGAAUCGAGGAUAUACAUGAACCCGUUCGUUCGAGUGGCGUACGACGAGAAGACGCUGAGUUGGCUCUCCUUUAUUCGUCGCCCGGAACGCCUCUACUCUCCGAUCCACGACAUCCUGAACUACUUCGUCGGCUUCCCUGACAAGAAAGCCCGUUUCGCUGAAGAGCCGGGCGAGCUUGUGACGGACAAAGUCUGGAUCUAUGACCACCCAGCUGCGGCUUUUGCACAAAACGCGACAGAAGCCGAUCGUGCAGGCCACUACGUUGAGCAAGAGCGGAGAGCAGAGCCUGCUUCGAUAAUAUGUGUCGACCUUAUUGUGCGAUAUUUUCCUGGCAAAAGGAACUUUAAGAUUGAAGAGAGUAAUGCUUUCUUGUCGACGGGGCUGAGUCUUUCUUUUGGUGUUAUGAUAUUCUCAUCAUUAUACAGCAUGCUUCCCUCGGCGAAGAACUAUCUGAAGAAAGGAGGCAUGUCACCGCGGAAUGCGAUAUUGACAUUGAUCGGAUGCUUCCUUGUUGGUGCUCUUGGCAUCUCAGUUCUCUCUGGAAUACUACACCAGUACAUUCCGCACUCAGUUGUGGACUGCGAAAGCAAACACGACGACGAAGAGCAAGGGAAGUUUCAAGAAGAGGAAUCGCACUCUCACCAACCGAUGCAGGAGCAGCCGCUCUGUCUUCCGCACGCCCACGGACAUGACGAGCAUACUUCAUAUGGGACUAGUAGCGUAAACUCGAAAGCUGCCCUACCUCAGAGACCAUCGCUUCACAAGUCGCUGUCAUCCAAAGUCUCGCAACUAAUUGUCGGAGCUGAGAAAGCAUGUGACGACACUGACAAUGGGCAAUGUUUUGGUGAUCUUUGUGAAGUCCGGCCUUCACGCUUGCAGUCACGAAAGUCUCUAGGCAGCUUGAGUAUUACACGACCAUCUGGAGUGAGCAGAAGCCAAACCUCGCAGGGACCGCAUGAUCGACGAACAGCGUUGGAGGAUGUGAACGAAACAACACCCCUGGUACCUACAAGGUCCGGACCAGCCACCAUGGAAAGCUCUUUUGCAAGUUUACCGUCUACCAAUGGCCACGCAGCACACGCGAUCCAACCCCUCCAAAAGCACAGCCGCUCUUCCUCGAAUACCUCAUCAAAUACUGAUCAUCACCAUCAUCAUCACGGCCACAGCCAUGACGACCAUGACCAGGAGGCCCAACAACACCACCACCACGUCCCAACAAACGCCUUCCUCUCCCUCGGCCUACAAACAAGCACAGCAAUCGCCCUACACAAAAUCCCCGAAGGCUUCAUCACCUACGCCACCAACCACGCCAACCCAACCCUAGGCUUCUCCAUCUUCCUCGCCCUCUUCAUCCACAACAUCACCGAAGGCUUCGCCCUCGCCCUCCCACUCUACCUCGCCAUCGGUUCCCGCUGGAAAGCCAUGGUCAUCUCUGCCGUCUUGGGCGGCGUCAGCCAGCCCCUCGGUGCAGGUGUCGCAGCGCUAUGGUUCAAGAUCCAAGGCCGGGGUCGAGAGCACGGCGCAGAUGAGGGCAUGGAUACUAUCUAUGGAUGUAUGUUUGCUGUUACUGCGGGGAUUAUGGCGAUGGUGAGCUUGCAGCUGUUGGGUGAGAGUCUGGAUUUGACGAAUUCGAGGAGGUUGUGCUUUGUGAGUACGUUUGCGGGGAUGGGGAUUUUGGGGUUGAGUAGUGCGCUUACGGCGUAA